UUAACCAUGUGUUUUUGUUCUUUCUAUUGCUAUAGCCACCUCCCAUCAUGUCUAGGAAAGUGAUAACAAAACCUAUGAAGUCAACUCUAUUGCCUUCAGAUUCUCAAAACUCCAACUUGAGGAAAACUUCAAAAACUCUCAAGCAACAGCCCAAAGAAACAGUGCAGUUUAAGGAGGAACAAAAGGUUUUAACCUUAUUGGAAAACUGCUUCAGUCAAGUGGAAGUGGCAUUGACUUUGCAGCCGGACCACGUAGCUGACAUCAAGGACAUUUCACUGUGUAGGGCACUUCAAAGACAUCAGUCAUUAUGUGAGAGAUUAGAGAGAACAGAGGAGCAAAGCGGUAUAGUGGGAAAAGACGGUAAUGAUGCACUAUUUAAAAGUGAAGUCAAAAGGUCCUACAAAAAUGUGAUGAGGGGUUUUCGAAAUGCUGCUGCUGAUUUUGCUCAAAUAAAACAAGGAUUAGAUACAGAAAUGGGAAAAACGGAGCAGGUGUUCUACAAAAAUCUCCAAACAAUAAUUCACUGUACACUUGAAGAAGCCAAAGAAGAAGAACCCAUGUUAAAGAUCACUCCUUUGCAAGAUCGUAAAAGCGAGGUAGCACUAGAUGAGAAAAUAGCAAAUUUGACCAAACUGAUGAGCAGAAUUGAUGAAAACAUAGAGGAUUGUAAAGCCAGUAUGGAUAAUUUGAAAAUACCACAAGAAUCUGAGACACCUCUCACAGAUCUCACAGAAUACCAGUCAUACGUGAGCACACCAGAGCAGCAAAGACUUCAGCAAGAACUGGACCAACUCAAUGCCCAGCUCAAUAAGCUGUUUUUGGAGGACAGAAUGAAAGAGAGAGACAUUCAGGAGGGAACUGAUGUGCUGGAAGCAAAAAUUGAAUAUGUCACUGAGGAAUUUGAUGAGAAAAUGGAAGAGAUUCAGGCUGAUCUGGAGGCGAGAGAGGCUGAGCUGCAUAAGAAUGAGGAGGAGCUGAGCAGCCUGGCGGUACUGUACAAUACUCUGGAGAGGCAAGAAAAAGAGAGGAUGAAAGAGGAGAUGAAACAGAAAAACGAAGAAAUGCUUCAGUCUAAAAAGGAGGCGGACAAAAUAUACGCAGAGCGACAGCAGCUCAAGGCUCAGAAGAGGAAAGAGGAUCUGCAAAGUUUACAAGAUUUUCACAGAACACAAAUGGCUGAAAAACACUCAAAGCAACAGCAGCACAUGCAAGACACAGAGAGGUUUGAAAGCUACACUGUAAAAAAUGUCUGUGAAAAUUACAGAGAAUAACUGUGAAAUGGCAACAGUAAUAAACCAUAAAAUGUAAAAUUGUUUAUUACUGUAGUUUAAACAUUAAAUUACCUUAAAUCAAGAAACUGCCGAAAACUGUAUUUUUAACUGUUUUAGCAUGUGAAAUACUGGGUGAAAAACUGUGAAAUUGCAACAGUAUCAGACUGUAAAAUUAAAAAUAGUAUAUUACUGUAUUAUACACAGUAUACACAUUAAAUUACCUUUAAAACAAAAAACAGACCAAAACUUAAUUUUUUACAUUUGUAACAUGUGGAAAUUGUGGUGGAAAACUGUGAAAUGCCAACAGUAAUAG